AAUAUCAGUGAACUUAAAUCGGUUGCCAUCGGUUGCAUUUGAUCACAUUUCUUUGACACGUUAAAAGUGGACUUCUUUCACUUUUUAUUAUACUAGUAUAUUUCUUCCAAAAUGUCUGGUCGUGAAGGUGGUAAAAAGAAACCGUUGAAGGCCCCAAAGAAGGCUGACAAGGACAUGGAUGAUGAUGAUCUCGCCUUCAAGCAAAAGCAAAAGGAACAGGCCAAAGCAAUGGCUGAUGCUAAGAACAAAGCCUCACAGAAGGGACCAUUGACUGGAGGUGGCAUUAAAAAAUCUGGGAAGAAAUAGCAAUUGCUAAAUGCUUCAUUCUAUUACAAAUAUUUCUCUUUUAUAUAUUAUUAAACCAAAUGGACUAAAUAAAAUUAUUAACCACAAUA